GCAACAACUUAAAGCUGCUAGGGCCAAUAAGCAUGCAAAGCAUGCAAAUUAUGAAAAUCUGGAUGACUAUAUUUGGUCGGAUAAUAAUAUUGAUGAAAGGUCUUCCGAUUAUUUUGCUGUUUUAUUGACAGCAGGUAAAAAUAUAAAUGAUUGGAAACCUUUGGGUAGAACAAUAUAUGUUGGAGGUUCUAAAAGAACUCAAAGACGCAAAAAAGUGGAACUAAAGAAAGCUGCACAAAAUACUCGACCUAUCACUGCAUACUUACCCUCUGCCUUAACAUCUUCUAACGUUGCCUCUGCUUCGACUUCUACUUUUGGAUUGUCAACAGAAUUAUAUAUGCCAACUGAAGUAGAAUCAAUAGGAAGUGAAUCAAUGGAGGUGGAAUCAAUUGAGGUGGAAUUGGUAGAAUCAAUGAAGGUGGAAUUAGUGGAAUCAAUGGAGGCAGAAUUGGUGGAAUCAAUGGAGACAGAAUUGGUGGAAUCAAUGGAGACGGAAUUAGUGAAAUCAUUGAAGGCAGAAUUGGUGGAAUCAAUGAAGGUAAAAUUGGUGGAACCAAUAGCAGAUGCAUCAGCUGAAAUUGAUGAGAAAACAACAAUGAGGUUAGCAAUUGAGGAGCUAGAUGGAUACUAUCAUGAUCAGACUAAAAUAAGGGCAAGCACAACGAUUGCUAGUUCAUUAGGAUGGGGAGAUUAUAAAGCACGAUGUAUUUAUAAUCAUGGCAAAUUCACAAAGGUAUCUAGCCUUCUUGAUGAUGAGAGAAUAUCUAUGAAGAUAAUGUCGUAUUUAAGAAGUCACAAAUUUAGUGUGAAUCCUAAAGUUUUAAAACAGUAUGUAGAAAAUGAAGUAUUCCCGUCCUUAGGUUGGGAGUGUAAAGAGUGGAAAAAAGAUAUAUAUGUAGAUGGACACAAGCGAGAGGAUGUGGUGCAAUAUAGACAAAUAGUUUUUUUGCUAAUGAUGGAGGAAUUGGAUCCUGUUCUUCUUGAAUAUGAUGACCAAGAUCUUACUAAACUAGUAGAAAAGAGCAUUCCCCCUGAAAAAAAGAAACAUUGUAUAAUAACGCAUGAUGAGACAACAUUAGCCGCAAAUAAUGAUAAGAAAACAGGAUGGGGCCCCAAAG